CGGAAAUGCCCUCUCAUCGAUGCUUAAAGACGAUACCCAGCCUUUGCUACUUUUCAACUUUCCUGUUUGCUUCUUGUUUCAUGUUUUCGACUUUGUUGAACGAGUCCUAGUCUUCACCUGCCGGCUUUGGUAAAACCUUCUCGACCUUGAAACAUUUCAAAAGCAACAGGAGCCCUUCUUCUCUGACCUUUCCCUCACAAAGCUGCUGAAAGUUUACAUGGUCUUCUCAGAAGAAAUCCCAAAACAGCUCAGAUCAAGUUCCAUAGAGGCCGAUCGAGAGGGAUGAAAGGAUGGCUUAAAAUUUUCUUGGCGGUUUUGCCCGCCGUGGUCCUUCUGGGACUUCUAAUCCUGUUUCUACGGCGGUGUUGCUGUUCAAAGAGAAGCAGAAGCAGAGAUUUUCCGGAUACGAUUAAUAGAAUGGAGAGCAUGCAAUCUGGGAUAACGAAGCUGCACCUCGCUUACAACAGUUCUAGUAGCAAAAGCGGACAGGGUUUCCAAAAUCAUCGCCACGAUGGUCCACAUCUCCAUGAUAUUGGCGACAAGAGAAGGCCGAAUUACUACGUGAUUCGACGUGGGGUGCUGGCGAAGCCUUUGUUUAGUUGGUCUGAUCACCCUUGGCUUGUUUCAGAGGCCGUCGAGCAUGGAUGGUCCAGAUUCGCUUUUGCCGUUUACUCAUCGGGUUCCUUGUCCCGGUCGCCCACAACAACACUUUGGGAUUUUUGUACGGUCUGCGAUUUUGGUAGAGAUGGGGAGGCAGAGAUUAGCUGGGAAGUAGGCCCUGAAUCGGCAGACUCCAUGCAGAAGAUCAGGCUCAAUCCAGGACUGAAGAAGAUCCACAGCAACAACCCCCUCUACUUUUCUUAUGUUAGGACCAUCCUGCCGUUGCCCGGCCCAUCAUUGGGGAAUUCCUUCCCUCAAGUAGCAUAUUUCGAAAUCACCAUCUUGUCCGGUGAAGAAGAUGUUGAGCUCGUAGGCACAAAGGGAAGCAUUCCACAUGAAGGCGAACGGACGAAGCUGAUUCAAGAGACUGCUAUGAAACUUCAAUCAGAUGCCUUGAUCCAUGUUACCAGUCGCAACGCCAGCCCCAUCCAGACAGAAGAAAGAAAAGACGAAACAGGGCUCAUCACACUAGGACUCAUCUGUGGGGGUCCAUCUCCUUUCUCGCCUCCGGGAAGCUAUCCUGGAUCGAUCGGCUUCAACUCCAACGGUUCUGUCUAUCUUGACGGUAUAAAUCUCGUAUUUGAAGCCAAGAAAGGAGAUUGGAGACAGGGGAAUAAGGUCAUUGGCUGCGGAUUCGAUCCAGGUCGUAAGAAAGUUUUCUUCACCGUCGAUUCCGAGUUAGUCCACGUGAUUAAUUGCAAGUCCGAGGAAUUCUCGAGUCCUCUUUAUCCUACAAUUGCUGCGAACAUCGAUGUAACGAUGUUGGUUAAUUUAGGACAGAGCCCAUUCCAGUACAGGCCUGCGAAUUCCCAACGGACCGCUAACCCAUGCUUCCUUCGCCCGUCACCCGACACUGCUGCAGCUCGUGCAAUUGGCUACGAAGAAGACAGUCAAGAGCUUUUCUCGAUGGGGCGGAUCGAUUCCCAGUGGUCGGCGACCAAGAAAAACAGCACCAACGACAACGGUGAGGGCACCCCCAUCGAUUUCACGGACCUAGAGUCAGAAGCCGAUUUGUUUGAAAUCGUCCUAGAUGAUUCGGGUAAGUCCCGGUAGAUUUUAGACUUCCGGGAUUGAGAUGUCUCUCACAGCUUUAUCACCGCCUGUUGUGGAGGUCAAUAGUAAAGGAGAUGACAAAGCUGCUAACAUCAAAGGAGGUUGUUUUUGCCUUUAACUGGGUUUGGAAGCCGACAGCACCGUCGCGCGCACUCAGAAAAAUUAAAGUGUAAUAAAUUCCAUCAUCUCUGUCCCACACGCAAAGAGAAAAUAGAAGAAAAGAUACAGAGUUCUUUAUUCAUCUUCUCUUGUUUAGAAUUUGUCAUUUGAUUAUUUUGGCGAUUGAACUUUCCUUUUCAUUACAA